AUGGCUUCCUCACCCGGCGUCCCUCCGUUCUCGCUCACCUCACCCAGGUUCGACCAGUCGACCUUCUACGGGCGGUGGAAGCACUUUGUGUCCAUGGUGAACCCGGCCAACAUGCUCAUCACCUCGUCCCAGGUCGAUGACUCGAUGGCUCUGCUCGAGGCCUACCGGGCUGGGCAUGUCGAUUCGACCAAGGUCUCGGAUGCUGAGCUGUGGGAGGCCCGCCGGAUCAAGGAAGCUGUCAUCCACCCCGAUACCGGCAAGCCCAUCCCGCUCCCGCUGCGCAUGGCCGCCUUCAUCCCCAUCAACAUCCCGCUCAUUGUGUGGAUGACCUGGCCAGGCGCCUCGGCCGCCAUGACGGUGGCUGGCCAGAUUGCCAACCAGUCGCUCAACGUCGGCGUCAACUACGCCAACCGCAACGCCUCGUCCGAGCAGUCGAUGACCUCCAUCGCCGCCGCCUACGUCGGUGCCACCUCGGUGGCCCUCGGCGUCUCUCUCAGCGGCCGGUCGUACAUGCUCAAGCACGGCGCCAAGCUGCCGCCGGUCGUUGGCCGCCUUGUGCCGUACGCUGCCGUUGCCACCGCCGGUGCCGCCGGCAUGGUCAUCAUGCGGUUCAAGGAGCUGACUGACGGUGUCAUGCUCAAGGACCACACUGGGACCGAGCACGGCCUCUCGCGCAAGGCCGGCAUCAUCGGCGUGGCCAAGACCGCCCUCUCCCGUGCUGUCUUCUUCCCCAUCUUCCCCAUGGUCCUUCCGCCGCUCAUCAUGGACGUCAUUGCCCGCAACACCUCCAUCCUCAAGAAGUUCCCCAAGGCUGCCCUUCCGCUCGAGGUUGUCACCAUUGCCACUUGCAUGAUGACCUUCCUCCCCAUGGCCAUCGCCAUGUUCCCGCAGGACGAGUCGGUUCCGGCCUCCAUCCUCGAGCCCGAGUUCCAGGGCAAGGUCGAUCUCACCGGCAAGCCCAUCGAGUACUUUACCUUUAACAAGGGCCUCUAA